UCUAUUGCUUUUCGCGGCAAGGAAACAGCGAAGAAAACGAAAGAAAGUGGAAGAAAAUAUUUUGAGUGUAAAAGGGAAACUUAUUCCUCCAAAUUUUAACGGCUGCAAAACACUCUCAAAGUAGAAUUUGGGAACUCCGCCAAGCCGUUGGUUCAAUUAUUCACUGUGGGUAUUAAAUAUUUUCAAACGCACUCUCUUUUUUUUCCAAUAACAUCAUCACAAAGGCCUUUUUAAAUUCUGAGUCUGAGCAAUACAAACUACAUUUGUGUAUUUGAUAUUUGGACAAAUUUAGAGUCUUCUGAAAGUUUUCAACUUUGAAAACCCUCAAUAAUGGAGUCCCUGCAAAUGGGUCUCUGAGAUUUUCAUUUUUUAUUCUCUGGAUUCUGUUUCUGGAGACCAUUGUUUUUUCUUUUUCUUUUUUGGGUUUUUGGCGUGGUCGAUUGUAGAGAGUAGAAGAAAAAAUGAUGAACUUUAAGGAGUUUUGGACAAAGAAGACAUUGAUUGGUCUUGGGUUGGGGCAGUUUCUCUCUCUUUUGAUUACUUCCACAGGCUUUUCAUCAUCUGAGCUUGCCAAAAAAGGAAUUAAUGCACCAACUUCACAGUCUUUACUGAACUAUGUGCUCUUGGCUAUUGUCUAUGGGGCUUUUAUGCUUUACCGAAGGAAAGCAUUUAAGGCAAAAUGGUAUUAUUAUUUACUUCUUGGAUUGGUAGAUGUAGAGGCCAAUUUUCUAGUGGUAAAGGCCUAUCAGUACACAUCUAUAACAAGCGUGAUGCUGCUGGAUUGUUGGACUAUCCCAUCUGUCAUGCUUCUUACUUGGGUUUUCUUGAAAACAAAAUAUAGAUUUAGAAAAAUAACUGGUGUUGCUGUCUGUGUUGCCGGCCUUGUCUUGGUUGUUUUUUCAGAUGUUCAUGCAGGUGACCGAUCCGGAGGGAAGAACCCCCGUUUGGGUGAUAUACUUGUUAUUGCUGGUGCUACACUAUAUGCUGUCACCAAUGUCAGUGAGGAGUUUCUUGUGAAGAAUGCUGACAGGAUUGAACUCAUGUCAAUGCUGGGCCUUUUUGGAGCCAUCAUCAGCGCUAUCCAAAUAGUCAUACUAGAGCGAGAUGAGCUGAAAUCCAUUCCCUGGUCAGCUGGGGCAGCACUUCCUUUUGUUGGAUUUUCAGUGGCUAUGUUUACGUUUUACUCUCUGGUACCAAUCUUGCUUAAGAUUAGUGGGUCCACAAUGCUUAACCUGUCUUUGCUGACCUCAGACAUGUGGGCUGUCUUAAUUCGCAUCUUUGCUUAUCAUGAGAAGGUUGAUUGGAUGUACUUCGUGGCAUUUGUUGCUGUUGCUAUCGGCCUUGUUAUCUAUUCCGGGGGUGACAAAGAACAGGAUCUCCGUGUAGAUGUGCCUGACGAAGAUGCUGAGCAGUCCAAACAUGUUGAUGAGGAAGCUGGUUCUGGAAAUCGCAGCCGGGGAACUACAGCGGGGACCUCAAAAACAGGGGACAAUGGUAAGCAUGAUCUUACUCCUGCUACCAUUAGAGAAAGGGAAGUUGUAGACAACAAGAACCUAGGAAAAGAUACACAAUGAAAAAAAUCAUGACUUAGAAUUUGCUUCCCAUAAUUAGAUUACAUUCCUAUAACGAGAGAUGAUGAAGUACCGCUGCUAAAGGAACUACGGUAGGCUACAAUGCAGAUUCAUAUUUGAAUAGUAUGAAUAACAACCUUCAGGCUCGGGCAAAGGCGCGAAAAAAUUGUAAAAUUUUCGUUCUUUUUUUGGAUGACAAUAAAUCCCUGGCCUCCAUAUCCAAUUAGUUGUAAUUGUUUUAAAGUAAUACUCUGUUGAGCUUUAAUGAGGUGUAUUUUUUUCAGGUUUACCUUUUAGUUGAACUUCACUUGCUUAUAUCGUGUUUUUCCCAUUCUAUCCUGAUAAAAAUAGAAAGAUGUAGCUUCCUUACCAAUAUAUAUAUAUAUAUAUAUAUUUUCCAUUA